UCUUUCGCUUGAUUUUAUAUUGAGUGAUAAAUCUUCUGAGUGCGUUGUCCUCUGUCUAAUUAGUAUUAAUAGUCCGUCACUCAGAUAUUAAUUAUCGCUAGAUGAUGUAACAGAACGAAAUCAUCAUGAGGAUUUUUCUUAUAGUAUCCACAAAUGACGUCAUGAGAAAACUGACAAUGCGAUAAUCAUUGUUAAAUAACUGUGAUAAUUAUAAGUGGGAGUGUACAACUGCAUGUUAAAAGUACUUGUGGGACAGCGCAGUGCUUACAUUCAACCCUUGAUUCAUUGUUUACAUAUGUAAAAAUAAAAGCUUGCAAGUCACAUCCGUGUCAAACUGAGGACCUUGUUAAUUAUUGCCAUAUAUAUGUGUGUGUGAUUUUUUUCCGAUAAGUCUGAAAUCCACUCUCUGUCAGGAACAUAUUAAGCUACUGUUCACACGGAGGCAAAUAUCGAUCUCCUUCGUCUUCUGUCAUUCACGAGUAAAGAGAACAGAGGCUAAGCAAACCGUACAGGAGGAAGGGGGAGUAUCCCCCCUAAGCAGGAGCUCAAGACUAAGGCCUAUUUUUGACUUGGUGAGAUGUGAGGUAGCUUAAUGAUACUGUGAUGGAGAACCAGUUCUCCCGAGAUCGACACCAGUCUGUGGGGAAACGAUACCAGAGCCUCACUAUGGACAGUAGUAGCAUGGCAGAUUACUUAAUAACUGGCGGCACGGGGUACGUCCCAGAUGACGGACUAACGGGGGCCCAGUUAUUUGCCAAUGGGGACGGACUCACCUACAAUGAUUUUCUCAUAUUGCCAGGGUUCAUUGACUUCCCAGCGGAUGUGGUGGAUCUGACCUCCGCACUGACCAGAAAAAUCACCCUCAAGUCUCCCCUAGUAUCCUCCCCCAUGGACACAGUCACAGAGUCCCAGAUGGCCAUAGGAAUGGCACUUUGUGGAGGAGUUGGGAUCAUUCAUCACAAUUGUACUCCAGAAUUCCAGGCCAAUGAGGUCAGAAAGGUCAAGAAAUAUGAACAAGGCUUCAUCCUUGACCCAGUUGUAAUGUCUCCCACUCACACAGUAAAACAUGUAGUAGAGGCAAAAAAGCAGUUUGGUUUUUCUGGAAUUCCAAUCACAGACAAUGGUCACAUGGGGGAGAAGCUGGUGGGAUUGGUCACACAGAGGGACAUCGACUUCCUGACCAAUGAUCAGAUGGACACACCCAUAUCUGAGGUCAUGACAAAAGUUGAAGACCUGGUAGUGGCUCACAAUGGAGUCACACUAAAGGAGGCUAAUUCCAUUCUACAGAAAAGCAAGAAAGGAAAACUUCCAAUUAUAAAUGAUGAGGGUGAACUAGUGGCGUUGAUAGCAAGGACGGAUACAAAGAAAAACAGAGAAUUUCCUUUGGCUUCCAAAGACGAAAAGAAGCAGUUGUUGGUGGGGGCUGCAGUAAGUACACACGACGAAGACAAAAAACGCCUUGAGCUUCUGGUCCAGGCAGGGGUGGACUUUGUUGUCUUGGACUCUUCACAAGGAAAUUCUAUUUAUCAAAUCAACAUGAUCAAAUUUUUGAAGAAGUCAUAUCCAGAUGUUCAGGUCAUUGGUGGUAAUGUUGUGACAGCAGCACAAGCAAAGAACCUGAUUGAUGCUGGAGCUGAUGCUCUGCGAGUGGGAAUGGGGAGUGGAUCUAUCUGUAUUACACAGGAAGUGAUGGCAGUGGGAAGGCCCCAGGGGACAGCGGUGUAUAAAGUAGCAGAGUAUGCCCGGAGGUUUGGUGUCCCUGUUAUUGCAGAUGGUGGGAUAUCCUCUGUAGGUCAUGUGAUCAAAGCUCUGUCUCUAGGAGCAUCGACUGUGAUGAUGGGUUCCCUCCUUGCUGGGACAUCUGAGGCCCCUGGGGAAUAUUUUUUCGCUGAUGGGGUCAGGUUAAAAAAAUACAGAGGCAUGGGAUCUCUAGAUGCCAUGGAAAAACAUCGUAGCAGUCAAAGUAGAUACUUUAGUGAAAGUGAUAAAAUUAAGGUGGCUCAAGGUGUCUCAGGGUCUAUUGUUGACAAAGGUUCCAUCCACAAGUUUGUGCCAUAUCUGUAUGCUGGAAUCCAGCAUGGCUGCCAAGACAUAGGAGCAAGAUGUCUCUCCAAUCUCAGAUCUAUGAUGUACUCUGGAGAACUGAAAUUUGAGCGUAGAACAGCAUCAGCACAAGUAGAAGGAGGGGUCCAUAAUCUUCACAACUAUGAAAAGCGGUUGUACUGAGGAAAUAUGAAUACAGAGCUGUACCAUCCAGUGUGUUCCUUACAUUGAUCUGUCAUGACAGCCAUUUGACAAUAAAAAAAUAGGUCCCACGGGUCAAAGUGCAUAAUAAAUUCCAGUUCAGAGGUCUUUUGAAAAAAAAAGGUGCAAUGUUUUCAUUUUUAUUUUUCAGAUAUUCUUUUUUUUUUUUUGAGAUAAAUAUCCUCUGUACAUUUUUUUUUACCUAUGAAUGUUGAUGGUGCAGUAUAAAUUGUACAUCAUUUUUGCAAUUUAUACAUACAGUGUACAUUUGUUUUGGUUUUGUAUGAUUUUUUUUAAUUUUAAGGUAGGACAAGGGAGUUUUUCUUGCACAAGAAAAUGCAAUUCUUUGCACUUUGUAUGACAAUGUCUUGCCAAACAAUGUACAUGUGAAUUAAUUUACAAAUUUAUGUUUUGAUUUUGCAUAUCAUAACAUGAUCAUACAAACACAGAGCUUCUACCUGUACAUUUAUGUUUCAAACAAACAGGUAGAAUGGAUAUAUAAAAUGGUUCAAAGGAAUAAAAUGUUUUAUUCUAAAUGUAUAAGAUAUUACCUCCCUUGUUUUUUGUCAGCUAUACUUUACAAACAUUGUAGAAAAUGAAGUACACCAUUUUGUUAUUUAUUACAAAAGUUUGAUUGAUUUUACAUGAAAAUAUUCAAAAGAAUGGAUCUGAGAAAACGUUGACACUCCUCUUACUCCCAUACAAUACAUCUUCCCUAGCCAAGGGUUUAUGGGGAGUACAGUGGACUUAAAACUCUUGGCUGGUGAAGUUGCUUACAAUACUGAUGAGGAAUCUAUUUGUUUUAUGUCCUUAAAUUUUGCUUUUUUGACAAAUACUCAGUUGUUGUGAUGUUUUUGUGUAGAUUUGUAUCAAUUUAUAGCAGAUUUGAUGAUCCUGAAAAAAAAAAAUCAGUGAGUAGUCAUAUAUGUGAUCAAAUUGUAGUAUAUGAUACACUUGGCCUUAAUUUGUUGUUGUGAAAAGAAAAAUAUAAUCAUUUAUGAAAAAAGGUAAGUGAAAGAUUUGGGCAUUGAACAGAGUAGUUUUUGUAUGGAAUUCUGAAAUUGAUUUUGUUUGACAGUUUUUCCAAAGAAAAAAAAAGAGGGUGCACAAGGCCUAGGACAACCCCCCACUCUUAGAUAAUAUAUUUCUCAAUACUUAGUAGUAUUUGAAAUUCACUGAAAAGUUAUAUUUUACUAAUAUUGUGUUCUCACCAAUUUCAUCUUCAAAACAUUUUAUUGCUUUAUUUACUGAACGACUUUAUUAAAAAAAAAUUUUCAAAGUUGACAUUUAAGCAUAUUUAUUGGAAAUUGGGUCUACUGGAGCUUUGAAA